AUGGCCGUGGCCGUGGGGAGACCGUCUAACGAAGAGCUCCGGAACUUGUCCCUCUCCGGCCAUGUUGGCUUUGACAGUCUUCCUGACCAGCUGGUCAACAAGUCCACUUCCCAAGGGUUCUGUUUCAACAUCCUGUGUGUUGGUGAGACGGGCAUCGGCAAGUCCACGUUAAUGGACACUUUAUUCAACACCAAGUUUGAAAGUGACCCCGCUACUCACAAUGAGCCAGGCGUCCGGUUAAAAGCCAGAAGUUACGAGCUCCAGGAAAGCAACGUCCGGCUGAAAUUAACCAUCGUGGACACCGUGGGAUUUGGAGACCAGAUAAAUAAAGAUGACAGCUACAAGCCCAUAGUGGAGUACAUCGAUGCCCAGUUUGAGGCCUACUUACAGGAGGAACUGAAGAUCAAACGGUCUCUCUUCAACUACCACGACACCAGGAUUCACGCGUGCCUCUACUUCAUCGCCCCGACUGGGCACUCCCUGAAGUCCCUGGACCUGGUCACCAUGAAGAAGCUGGACAGUAAGGUGAACAUCAUCCCAAUAAUUGCAAAAGCUGACACCAUCGCCAAGAACGAAUUACACAAAUUCAAGAGUAAGAUCAUGAGUGAACUGGUCAGCAAUGGAGUCCAGAUAUACCAGUUCCCCACGGACGAAGAAACGGUGGCAGAGAUCAACGCGACAAUGAGUGUCCACCUGCCAUUUGCCGUGGUCGGCAGCACCGAAGAGGUGAAGAUCGGCAACAAGAUGGCCAAGGCCAGGCAGUACCCGUGGGGCGUGGUGCAGGUGGAGAAUGAAAACCACUGUGAUUUUGUGAAGCUGCGGGAGAUGCUGAUCCGCGUGAACAUGGAAGACUUGCGAGAACAGACUCACACCCGCCACUACGAGUUGUACCGGCGCUGUAAGCUCGAGGAGAUGGGGUUCAAGGACACGGACCCCGACAGCAAGCCCUUCAGUCUUCAGGAGACAUACGAAGCGAAAAGGAAUGAAUUUCUGGGAGAACUUCAGAAGAAAGAAGAAGAAAUGAGACAAAUGUUUGUUAUGAGAGUGAAGGAGAAAGAAGCUGAGCUUAAAGAGGCAGAGAAAGAGCUCCACGAGAAGUUCGACCUCCUGAAGCGGACACACCAAGAAGAGAAGAAGAAGGUGGAAGACAAGAAGAAGGAGCUGGAGGAGGAGGUGAACAACUUCCAGAAGAAGAAGGCGGCUGCCCAGCUGCUGCAGACCCAGGCCCAGCAGUCUGGGGCCCAGCAGACCAAGAAAGACAAGGAUAAGAAAAAUAGUCCUUGGCUCUGCACGGAGUAA